AACAAGACUUAAACAAUACGGUUAACUAUAAAUGCGAGCAGCAAAACAGAAAGAAAAUCAAGAUUAAUUGAAGAAAGGUCAAAAUAACGCAGCGCGCACACAAAGCUAUAGUACUUAUAAAACAGUGGAGCCGCCUUUCGCCACAGUCUGAAAGUAGCUGAGCACACGCUCUCACGGAGAGAACUCGGCACGGGCGGCACGCGCUACGCACACAGCUAACUUGCACGCACACACCUACACGCAGCGCCAAUCGGAGCAGACCGCCGUCGUCGUUGCCGAGAGAGCGCACUUCUACGUAAUCGUCUGAGGAGUCAGAGUCAGUACGCUUUCUACGUAGUUCGUGAACGGGUCACCGCUGGUUUUGACUUUGAUCGUAGAGAAAAUAAAUUUCCAUCGUCGUCGAGUGCAUUGUGAGCCAUAUUAAGUGUUGCUACACACCAGUCGAGUAGUGCAAAGUGUGCGAAUUCAGUGCAACAGAGGAGACAUGACGCUGAUGCUGGAAGGCACGCCGCCGCUGCAGCAGCUUGCUCGUGCUGGUUACUUGGUCAAAUAACAUUUGCUUCGCAGGCGACAGAAGCCGAAAGACCAAGUGCCAGUAGUCACAUCCUUACCCUCAUCACACUUCCUUACAUACGAGGAAAGGAUAAUACUGUCCUGGCUCAACAAGCAGGAGGUAGCAUGAGGGCUUCCAAAACUGAUUGGAUGUUUAGGGUCCAGGUCCCUGGCCUGGAAAAAAAUGAUGUUGUGUUUGUUGUUGGUAACCUCCCCGAAUUGGGUGCCUGGAAUCAUAAUCAGGCUAUCCAAUUGACAAAGGAAAAUGAUGGAACAGAUUCUCCAACAGGCUUUGAAAAUAAUGGCACAUCAGAAUUUGCUGAUUUUUAUGGAAAUUCUAGUGAUGGAUUAGAUUCAUUUGGGAAUGGUGAUUCUGAGCAUUCUGAUGAAGGACAGGUAUUUUCACAAAAAAUUACGUUGCCCUCAGAUGCUGACAUACAGUUUCGUUACUUUGUAGCUGUAGUUUGUUUAUCUAAUAAUGUCACUAAAAAUUCAGCUAAAACUCUAAUUAUAAGGAAAUGGGAAACACACAUGACACCAAGAAAAAUAAAAAAAAAUGCUCCAAGCAACUUUAAUGAAGAAACCCUGCCAGAUCCUGAAAGAUUCGGAUACCAUAACGGUUACAUGAAAGUUGAAAGAGGUUGGCUCACAGAUGAAACAGUAAUUCAAUUUAAACUUUUUAAUAAUCCUGUUAAACUUUGGAAGAAUAAGUUGCAAAAUAGAAGGAUUCAUAUAAAAAUGACACCAGUUAAUUUGGUUAGGCAUAAUUCAUUAGAGUUACAACAAUUUGGAGAAUGUCCAGAUGAUAGUCUCUCCAUGGAUACUCAAGAUAUUGUAGAUCAGCCAGCAUUCAGUAUUACGGAGAUAGCUGUCAUGAAUGAUGACGAGGCUUAUUUUAGGCAUCAAAACCAGUUUGGUCGAGCCUAUAAUGAGGACGAGUGUAUGAUCUUUAAUGUAGCAGUUCGAUAUCCAGAAACAGUUGCUUACUUAGUCGACUACUAUGUGUACACAUCAAGAUCCUUUCCUGGGGAGCCACCUAACCACAUUGGGUUCAGCUAUAUUUUGCCUAGCACUUUGCAAACUAGCACUGGUCUUUUGACCGUGCCCAUUACUAGUACUAAGCAUAGGCCCAUAGGACAAUUAACAGUAGAAUACGUUGCAAUAAAGCCUAUACCGGACUUCCCAUGGGACAUGAGUAUUUCCUACGCAAAACACUGGGAGCAGAGGUGGGCAGGUCUGGAUGUCGGACAUCGUGGACUUGGAAAUUCGUUCUCUUGUAAAAUGAAAAGUUGCGCGAAUGUUCGUGAAAAUACGAUUGCCUCUCUGAAGACUGCCUCGUACCACGGCGCCGACAUGGUCGAGUUUGACGUGCAGUUAUCCAAGGACUUGGUACCCGUUAUUUAUCACGACUUUUACGUAUCAAUCUCGAUGAAGCGCAAGAAGCAAAUUGAAGCUAUGGACAUGUUGGAGAUACCAGUGAAGGACCUCACCUUGGAACAACUGCACUUGCUCAAGGAUUUUUAUUACCCGGGGGACUCCUUGGGUAAGGUGCUGUAUUACGUUGAUAAAGCCGAGAGCUGGGUUAACCAACCGGUUUAUCAUGUGAACGAAGGUAGGGAGAAAGCUGCAAAGUUCUUUGAUGAAGACUUAGAAGAUCAUCAGCCAUUUCCGACCCUUCAGGGUGCGCUGCAAGAGUUGGAACAACAUGUAGGCUGCAAUAUCGAAAUCAAGUGGACGAUGCAGCUGAAGGACGGCACAUUUGAACUUAAUCAUCCGUUUGAUCUCAACGUCUACCUAGAUACGAUACUUAAAGUCGUGCUAGAGCACGGUGGCGAAAGAAAAAUUGUAUUUUCAUCGUUCAACCCUGACAUUUGCGCCAUGAUACGCCUCAAACAAAACAAGUAUCCGGUGGUUUUCUUGACUCAAGGCGUGACCGCCAAAUAUCCGACUUAUCACGAUCCUCGUUGUCAAACAAUUCCGAUGGCCAUGAGACACGCACUGGCUGCGGAUAUUCUCGGGAUCAACGUUCACACGGAGGAUAUUCUACGCGAUCCAAGUCAAGUUAAGCUAGUCAAAGAUCGUGGUCUCAUUAUUUUUUGUUGGGGUGAUGAUAAUAAUGAUAAAGACACUAUUCAGCAUCUGAAAAAACUUGGCCUACACGCCGUCAUUUACGAUAAAAUUGAUGAAUACAACGCGAAAGAGGUCAAAGAGAGUGUAUUUCUAGUAGACGCUCGCGAGAAUCAGAAGGCACUGAUUGAAUUGGCUCAAGCAAAUACUGUAGCGGCUGCAGUAGCAGCUGGCACUCCUGGGUUUACCGCUAACAACGCCGGUGCAAGUAGCGAGAGUGACGACAGCGUCGGCGCCGCUAGUGUCAGUUUGACGACUAACUGUGAUAUAACGCAACAGGACAAGGAUAUUCGCGACCUUACCAAGGACUUUAGCGUUUGCGCGCCCAGUUUUGGGCAUCCCGAAGGCGAAGCUGCGACCAAUGCGCUCUAAUAUGCUUUUACCUCGGAAUUUUUAACUGUGUUUCUAAAUUCUCAACUGAUUAUUACAAUUGUGUAAUGAGGCGCUAAAAAUUGAAAAUUUCUAUGCUGUUUAUUUUUUUUUAUUUUUGUCCCUUCUCUCUCUCUCUCACACAUACACACACACACAUAUACACGCGCGCGCGCGCACAUACACACUC